AUGUCUGCCCUGUUUGCUGGGAAGGUGCUGAUGGCCAACCGUGAGGAGGACGAGUUGGACACGGAUCGGGAACUGGUUCGAGUGUUGGACAAUAAGGUGUUGCUGUUGUACUUCGGCUCGGGGCAGUGCCCGCGUUGCCAGGACUUCGCGCCGCGCCUCAAGGAUUUCUUCCGGCGCUUGACGGACGAAUUCUACGUGGAGCGCGCGGCGCAGCUCGUCUUGGUCUACGUGUCGCGCGACGCGACCGAGGAGCAGCAGAGCUCGUUCCUGCGCGCCAUGCCGCGGCGUUGGCUCGCGCUGCCCUUCGGGGACUCCUUCAGCAG